CCCACUGACGUAAACACACUAUCAUGCGGAAUGUUUGCAAAGUUUCGAAUACAUGAUCGAGAUAUCAAAUCGUCGAAUAUCGAAUCGCACGAACUGAGAAACCUACGCAGAUCCAUUGAAAACGUUGUUUUGAGUAGCGUGACCCUAGGUGGUGGGCUUUAUUCCAGCACAGAGCAAGGUGUUAGCUUUUCUCUUUUGAAUUUAUUCAUCGAUCGCUUUUCACGAAAAUCAGUUCGGCUCAGCAACAGGAAUAUCCGGUCAGAGUGAUCUUCUGAAAGGAAACAUUUGAGUUGAGGACGAAGCACCCCCCUUACCUCCUGGAGAAGAAAGUGCCCCAUCUAUGGCUAAUGACCACAACAGGACCACCUCCAGUGAGUCUAUUAAAAUUCAAGUGAAGCCACAACAAGCUGACAUCAUGGAAGAUUAUGCCAGAGAUGACUUUGAUGAGUUAGAAGCUUCGCUACCUAGCCAUAACUUCAGGUCGCUCCGUGGGUUGCCGUCAGAUAAUGUUUUCAAGAAGGGUAUGCACAAGUCAUUGCGCCGCCGGAGAGAAGAUGUGCCAGAUGAAGUUGAUGGUAGUAGGGGGUUCGAUGUUGACAAUGAGGAAAUGGUAUCACAUGAAAAUCAAGUUUUCAACAAGUCUGUUGAUUUGAAUCCUGGAGAAUUUGCAAACUUGCUGCAUCGCAAUAGGAAUAUUAAGGAAGUUUCCACAACUAUAAGUCGCAAGCGCAUUUUAAGACAAAGUGUCAAUGCGGCUGCUGGAAGAAAUGAAUCAAAGAAGAAGCUCAGUGCAUGGAAAAGCUUUAAGCUUAGGUUUUCCAUGGGCUGGCAGCAUUUCAAAGACGGAACUAAAGAGAUGUUGUAUUCACUUGACUUGUGGCGAGGACACCUUAAAGUAAUUCAAGGGAAGUUCGGUUCAGGUGUACUCUCUUACUUUGUGUUGCUGAGGUGGCUGUUUCUUCUAAACGUCCUGAUCACCACUCUCACCCUGUUCUUCCUCUUCAUCCCGCAAAUUGUGUAUAAUCCAAGCACAAAAUACAACCAGGAGUCAUUUACUGGCGUUGAGCUGAUCACAGGAGAUGGUUAUUUCACCAACAGUGAGGCGUAUUACGGCUGGUACACUAACCACACUAUAGGCAUGGGUUCGGGACUGGUCUACAAGAUGCCGCUUGCCUACUUGUGUGUGGGAGGGGCCUAUCUUCUGCUCUGUCUAGCAAUUCUCAUCUACAGCAUGGCAGAGUCGUACCGAGAUAACUAUAUCUAUGCCGGAGAUGAGUUUAGUUUCUACACAUCCAAAGUGUUUUGCUCUUGGGAUUACUGCAUCACAAAUAUUGACGCUGCCAAACUCAAAGAGAAAAGCAUUUUUAAUGAUUUAAAGGAAGUGAUAGCAGAACAGUAUUUCCAGCAGAAGCGGACGAGAGGAGAGCUGUGCUGCCUGGUCAUGCUCAGACUUGUUACCUACCUGCUGGUACUGGGCAUGAUCACGGGCGCGUCCUUCCUCAUCUACUACUGCACGAUUAUUUCAGUUGAGACGGACGAAACGCUCAAGAAAUUAUUGCUGCCCAUUGUAGUGUCUGGACUCAACUUCGUGUUGCCAAUGACAUUCCGCAUCAUCGCCAGCCUUGAGGCGUAUAAACACCCACGGUCAGCCAUACAAAUAAGCCUUGCCAGGACAGCCCUGUUGAAGCUUGUCUCUCUUGGAAUGAUUCUUGUCUCUUUGUUUCUGGACGUCUCCAGAUGUCGUCAGGGAUUGCCCCUUGGCAAAGACAAGUGCCUAUCGCUGAUGAAGCAGUGUUGGGAGACAUAUAUUGGCAUUGUGUUCUAUCGUCUUGUCAUCGUGGAUUUUGUCUUUCUUCUUCUGUCUUCCUUCUUUGGAGAAUUUAUCCGAAGAAUUGUAGCGGACAAUAUUGGCUGGUGUAAAAUGAAGGUUGGUCCUCCUGGAUUUGACAUCUCUCGCAAUGUGCUGGAUCUGGUGUACGCACAGAGCCUUUGUUGGAUUGGUACGUUUUUCAGUCCACUUCUGGCGGUCGUCAAUGUGAUCAAGUUGUUCGUUCUAUUUUACGUUAAAAGAGUCAGUGUCACGCAGAAUUGCCGAGUGUCGAUGCGUCCAUUUCGUGCGGCGAAGAUGAACCUGCUCUUCCUCGUUCUCCUCGCGGUAGCCUUUCUCGUCUCCAUAGUAACCGUUGGAUACACUGUCAUGUCAAGAGCUGAGAAAAUGAUGAAGCCUUCUCGAACUUGUGGUCCGUUUAGGAAUGACGAUAAUAUGUAUGCGGUUAUUACUAACGAAGUUGAGAAGUUCCCAGACGUUGUGAGACAGGCUGUUAAUUACGUGUCUUCCGCAAGUUUUCUUGCAAUGCUGUUCUGCAUUCUUGGGAUCGUGGUAUAUUACUACAAGAUGCUCAAGGAUUCCAACGAGAAGAAAAUCAAGCUUUUGAAGGAACAGAUCGCACUGGCUGGUCAAGACAAGUUGUACCUAAUGAAAAAGAUCAAGAUAACUGCGAAUUCUAGGGCCUCAGUUGCAGCAACCGAGUAAAGCCGGGUCCUAGUGUAGUGGCAAUGACCGAGUAAGUUAAUGACAUCCGCCAUCUUGGAUGACAUCCGCCAUCUUGGAUGACAUCCGCCAUCUUGGAUGACAUCCGCCAUCUCGGAUGACAUCCGCCAUCUUGGAUGACAUCCGCCAUCUUGGAUGACAUCCGCCAUCUUGGAUGACCUCCGCCAUCUUGGAUGACAUCCGCCAUCUUGGAUGACCUCCGCCAUCUUGGAUGACAUCCGUCAUGUGAAGCCAAUUGGACGCCGAGGUUACACUAAAAAGGGGGAUGUCCCCUCAGAAUAUUUAGUGAAAGGCUGUCCGAAGUUAGCAAAUUUACGAAAAUGAGAAUUUGUUCUCUCCAAUGGGCCUUUAAUCUGGUAACCGAGAUGUUAUGGAAUGCACUUUUUAAUGUGUUUCUAAGAACAUGCCUCAGUGUUAGCGUGAACUCGAUGUAUAGGUAGUGAUUAGAUUGGGGGAUGGGAUUGAUGUAUCGAAUCUUCACUUGCGAAAUGUCAAGCGACGAAAACUCUGUGCUGCUGUAUAUAUUUAUUAUAAUUUUGUAAUAACAA